AUGCUUGUAUCAAUCAAGCUACUAUGCAUCAAUUUAGAAUUAGUUGGGGUUGACGACAGAAAUAUUUUGUAUGCAUUUCUCUCUGCUCAGGUAUUAGAGUACUUUGGAAUUAUUGGUUUUAGCGGUGCCUCAGCUGCAAUUCAAGAUUCCUUCAGCUUUAUGAACAAACCUUGUGUUGAUUUCAGAGUUAUAUCUAGAUUCCGCAGGGAAUAUGAGCAUUUCACUCUGCAGCUCCUAUCUGUUAUGAAAACGGCUUGUCAAGGACUCAAAACUGUUAAAAAUUCUGUUACCCCACCAUCUCGGUUGUUUGUGCGGUUGGCUCCUUUCGGUCGCCAAUUGCAACCAGCUCCAGCUCCAACACCGCGGCCACCAGCACUUCGAGCUCCUGCUCCACAGCCAUUUAGGCCCCCAGCGCCUCAGCCUCGGCCAACCAUUCGACCACCACCACCUGCUGUUACAUCUCCUCCACCACCUACUAGAGCAUUGUUCCCUGGCAUUACUACUACUGCUGCUGCAAGAUCCCCAACAACAUCCACUGCCCCUCCCUCUCCAGCAAAAUCAAUACCAGCAGCAACAUCUGUCCCUUCUUCUCCUGCAGCAACUUCAACAUUUCUCCCAAUCACAUCCUCUUCUUUCACCUUAAGAAGCCCUGAAACCAAGACGCGCGCUCCACCUUCCUCUUCAUUGACAACUUCUCCAUUCCCAAAACCAGUAGCAUCACCACCUAAAACUGCUACACCUACAGCUCCAACCACCACUGUCACUGCUUCUACUACUGCAACCACAACCUUAUCUACAAGAACUAUCAAGCCUUUUAAGGAAUCACCACAACAGUACCCUGAAACGAGGCCUCUAUUUCGUCCACCACCUCCAGAAAAAGAACCCAAGCGUGCACCAUUGGUAGAAGAGACUAAGAAACUAAUGCUGGGGCAAGAAGCCACUGGAAAUUCUUCUAAGAUGAAUGGGAAAGCUACUACUGAUAAUAAGAAAGUUACUGAACUGAAAAUAUUGCCAAGGAGAUUGGUAACGCUGACUGGUGAGAACAAAGGGGCCAUAAUGGUAUUGAGUCCUAAUUCCACCAAGAAAUCUUAUACUAAUGGCUUUGGAGGUAAGUCUCAAACUGUUGGAGGCAACAAAGAAGAAGGCCAAACUCAUGUUAAAGGGUCAAACAAGAAGAAGGAAGAUCAAAGUGAGAUGAAUGCAAUGGAGAUGGAAGAGUCAACACUGUUCAUUAACAGCAAUGUACAAGGAGUUAACAACUCCAUUUUAGAUGAUUCAAGUCUCACCCACCAUGAUCCUGGUUUUCAUAUCUUCUUCUCAGCGGAUUAA